AGACAGGAUAGUUUAUAUCUCAAUUAUGUUGAAAAUAAAACAAUAUUCUAUUAUAUAUUUCUGAACAAAAAUUACAAAAUUCAAAAAAUACAAUAUGUAAAGAAAUAUUUGUUUGAUAACAUCGGACAGUAAUUUAACCGGACCUUUGGCUAAAAUAAAGUGCAUAUCUACAUGUAUUGGAAUACAAAAUUAUGUUUACCAAUCAUAGCCUUUAAAUGUUACCAACCACGUUACGUAUAUAAGAUCUUACUACGCUGACAAACUGUUUAUAAAGGUUUUUCUGGAGCUGAAAAAAAUUUGUAGUUUUUUUAGUAGAUUACAUCGCAUACUGUUGACACAAAUUACAAGUAAAUGCGAUAAAUGCCUAAAAAUCCCUAUGCAACCCUGCAAAAUUUGUUCAAUAAGAAGAAAAAGCAAAAAGGAAACAAUCAUUUAAGUGAAAAUAAAUAGUCGAAAGGGCUACAGCUUUGGAAUAUUUACUUUUAUUUACGUACUUCUUCCGCUGAAAGUCACAUAGACUGCGUUCUUUCAAUGACAGUAUACUUUAAUCGAUUAUCAAUUUAUGAAAUUAAAGUACAUAAAAAAUAUUAUAUUGCAAAAAUUACUUUAUUAUCACAGAUUUUAGAGGAUGAUCGAUAAGUUUAAUAUUUUAAUGUAGAUCGGACAUUAUGAAACUGUAUGAAAAUUAAAAGCAUUCAAAUGGCGCAAUUAUGAGUGAACAUUAAUUGCAUAACUCCUACAAAAGACAAUAAAAGAAUUAUUUCUUGCGCGACUCUUUAUAGCAAAUAAUUUUCAGAGUUUAAAUUUCUUCAAUUUUUUAUUAUUAUAAUCAGAAUAGGUGCAGUGUAAAACAUUCCACCACAUAGUAUGGCCUCGGUCGCCGCUUGGCUGCCAUUUGCACGGGCGGCGGCCAUCGGUUGGGUUCCAAUUGCUACACACCCAUUACCGCCUCCACCCAUACCAAAAGACCGUCGCAAAACUGACGAUGAAAAGCUUUUGAUUAAUGUUUCUGGACGUCGUUUUGAAACAUGGCGAAAUACGCUUGAAAAGUAUCCGGAUACGUUACUGGGAUCUAAUGAACGUGAGUUCUUUUACGACGAGGAUUGUAAAGAAUAUUUCUUUGAUAGAGAUCCAGAUAUUUUUCGUCAUAUACUCAACUAUUAUCGCACAGGAAAACUUCAUUAUCCCAAACAUGAAUGCCUCACGAGUUACGAUGAAGAAUUGGCAUUCUUUGGUAUUAUGCCUGAUGUAAUUGGAGAUUGUUGUUAUGAAGAUUACCGUGAUCGAAAACGUGAGAAUGCCGAACGAUUGAUGGAUGACAAAUUGUCAGAGAACGGUGAUCAGAAUUUGCAACAGUUAACAAAUAUACGUCAAAAAAUGUGGCGCGCAUUUGAAAAUCCGCACACUUCAACAGCGGCGUUAGUGUUUUACUAUGUAACUGGAUUUUUUAUCGCAGUUUCUGUAAUGGCCAAUGUUGUAGAGACAGUUCCAUGUGGUCAUAGACCCGGACGCGCCGGUACUCUUCCGUGUGGUGAACGUUAUAAAAUCGUAUUUUUCUGCCUCGACACCGCCUGCGUUAUGAUAUUUACCGCAGAAUAUUUGUUACGUCUAUUUGCUGCACCCGAUCGCUGCAAAUUUGUGCGCAGCGUAAUGAGUAUUAUUGAUGUUGUUGCUAUACUACCAUAUUAUAUUGGAUUGGGCAUUACUGAUAACGAUGACGUUAGUGGAGCUUUUGUAACGUUACGUGUCUUCCGAGUUUUUCGAAUUUUCAAAUUCUCGCGGCAUUCACAAGGCCUACGCAUACUUGGAUACACAUUAAAGUCAUGUGCAUCAGAAUUGGGAUUUCUGGUUUUCUCACUGGCAAUGGCGAUUAUUAUAUUUGCAACGGUUAUGUUUUAUGCUGAAAAGAACGUCAACGGGACGAAUUUCACAUCUAUUCCGGCUGCUUUCUGGUACACUAUAGUAACAAUGACAACACUGGGUUAUGGUGACAUGGUGCCUGAAACUAUUGCUGGAAAAAUCGUUGGUGGCGUUUGUUCUCUCAGUGGAGUUCUUGUGAUCGCUUUACCUGUUCCAGUUAUUGUUUCAAACUUCAGUAGAAUAUAUCAUCAGAACCAGAGAGCUGAUAAACGAAAAGCACAGCGGAAAGCCCGUUUGGCUAGAAUAAGAAUUGCUAAGGCAUCUUCGGGUGCGGCAUUUGUUAGUAAGAAGAAAGCUGCAGAAGCUCGUUGGGCCGCACAAGAGUCAGGAAUUGAAUUGGACGAUAACUAUAGAGAUGAGGACAUAUUCGAACUGCAACACCAUCAUCUUUUGCGAUGCCUUGAGAAAACAACUGAUCGCGAAUUUGUUGAGCUUGAAAUACCGUACAAUGGUCAACCGAAGCGUACUGGUUCUCCAUCGCCGAUGGCUAGUCCUGCUCAUUCAACGAAUAGUGCUGUUGGCUUAAUGCAAUCAUGUUGCGGCCGAUGCUGUUCUCAACGUUAUCAGUCAUCGCAGCGAUCUGCCGAAAAAGAAACUGAGAAAAGGACGCAGUCAGCAGAAGCAGCAGAAAACAGUCAUCGGGUUACAACAAAUACGCUGACAGCAACCAGUAUGCAGGUACCUGGAAGCAAGGAAAGCGAAGGAAAACAAAAUGCAAGAUGAGCAUGUACCAAGCAAAACUGGAACAUCUGUUCAAACUGGUAUUGAUCACUACAUAAACGUAAAAAGGAAAUUCAGUCUAGUCAAAUCUGCGGACAAUACUGAAAUUCAACCAGGCACGCCAAAUGGUAAAAAGACAGACAUUCUAAAUGGCAACGGAUUUCUCUUAGCCUAACAACGAUGCAAGGGUAGCCUAACAACGAUGAAAAGGGUACCAACACAGUCAUGAAUACCAAACCCCCUCCAAUUAUUUGCGUGAGCGGAGCUCAAAUGCGAUCUUGAAAAAAGGUUACAUAGAAGAAACAAAAAUUCAAACAUAAAUUACACUGAAAAAAGUUUCAUGGAUUACCAACUGAAGAGCUCAAAAGGCCUAGUAGUUGUCAUUAAUGGUAUAGGGCUUUCGAUAGACUCUAAUGAUGUUAAAAAAGCUCUAGAAGAAGGUGGUUUCAGUAUUAAAUCGGUGGUAAACGUUUUUAACAGGAACAAAGGCCCACAACCAAUGCUCUAAAUGGAAUCGAUGUCAGAUUCUAACCAACUUAAGAAAAAUAAAACACAUCUGAAUUACAAUCUAAAAUAUCUGCUCCAUCGCAGAACUACCGUUGAGGAACCACACAAUAUAAAGAAGUUGUGUCCAAAUUCAAGCACGCCAAAUUCCAUUUGAAAGUUCAAAAGUUUAUGAAGCCACUAAUCAACUCCUACAUGCCUAUACGAGACUUGGGUGGAAAUUGGACGGGAAGUGAACUGGAAAAACCUGAUUAUUUUGCAAACCACCUAGAAAAGCUAACGAGUCGCUCAAGUCAUUUAAGACUUCACCUUCUGAAAAUAUAAGAACCAUAAAAGAGCUUAAUCCAAAAAAGUUGCUGAGACUUGAU